CAGGUUGCAAGUAGCAUAAAUGAAAGUGUUGGCUGUGUUGGCAGGCUUAAAAAGGGCUGCAAGUGCAGACUACAAAACAUAUCUGUUUUAGCCAGACACACACAAUGAUGAGUCACACCUUUGUCUCACUUUUACUUUUAACUACGAUGGUGUCCCUAGCCUCAGCUCAAGGUGGGAUAGCAAGUUGUUGUCGCAAAAUUUCAAGCACUCAAGUCCAACGAGACAUGCUGAAGAGUUACUACAUACAACAUCUAUCGUCAUGCCCUGUACAGGCAGUGGUAUUCACCACACUGAAAAGCAAGAGAAUCUGCUCUGACCCCGACAAAUGGUGGACACGGACAAGCAUGGCCUACCUAGACAGAAAGAAUUUGCACCUCACACCAGCACCAGCACUGACACAACAUCCACGUUCAGGCAGAAAGACAGCACCAUUGAAAUUCAAAUGAAAAGGCCAUAGCUCCCAACUUAUCCUCUUCUGUUUGGGAUCCACAGACUUUUAACAUUUUCAUAUUUCAUGCAAAUUCCUGACCUCAUUUUAGUGAUGUUAAAUAUAUAUUUUAUUUGCUCUUUUGUCUAAUUUUCAAUUCUGUGAUGUUAAUCUGGUCUUUGUAUAAAUGUUAAUAUGUAAAUAACUUGUUACUUUCAUUGUACAAUGAUAAUGAACAAUAUUAUUUCAUAAAAAUGGACAAUAUAUACUGGCCACGUUUUGGUGAUUGUGAGUUGUAGAAGAAAUUACUGUC